ACUAUUUAUCAGAUUUUGAAAAGCAAACAUGGUCACAUUAUCUCUUGUUCUGCUUCUGCUUUCAGUCCAGUGGUCCUGGGCUCAGGAAGACCCCCUCUUGCCUUUCUCUGAACACCUGGACCCCAAUCAGAAGGUGCAGCUGAAGUGGGGAUUUGAUGAGAUCCAGGGCACAAUCUUGUUCGAGCUCACGGUCCGCACCACCGGCUGGGUCGGUUUUGGCUUCAGCCCCAACGGAGGAAUGAUUGGAGCCGAUAUGGUCAUUGGAGGAGUUGGACCCAAAGGCAGUUACUUCACGGAUCGUCAUGCUGGGGGGAAUUCAAUGCCUGUGGUUGACGAGCAACAGAACUACAAACUCCUGUCUCUGACUGAGUCUAAUGGGAAAACAGUCAUGAAGUUUCAGAGGUCCAUCAGUUCCUGUGAUGACAAUGAUUUACCAAUCACUGAUCUCCCCAUGAAACUGAUCUAUGCGUAUGGACAGACUGAUGACAUCACGUACCACAGCACCCAAAGAGGCACAAAGGAGCUGAACCUGUUGAAGUACAUGCCUCGGGUCUACCCUCCAAACAGCAACUUCUUUGACAUAACUAUGGUUAAUUUCACUGUACCAGCCAAACAAACCUACUAUCACUGCAAGAUCAUGAAAGCCCCAAAAUUUGAUCGCAAAAAGCACAUUUAUCGCAUUGAGCCGGUGAUCACAAACUUUGACCUUGUGCAUCAUCUGUUGCUGUACCGCUGCCCUCCGAGUGUGACGAAGCCGUUUGAGGAGGAGUGUUACACUGGGAUUGAUGGAGUGUGUAUGGAGACCGUGGCGGUGUGGGGAAUUGGCGGAGGGGCUUUUGAAUUUCCUGAGGUGGCUGGACUUCCAAUUGGAGGAAAUGUUGGAGAUUUUUUCUACAGACUUGAAGUGCAUUUCAACAAUCCCAAUAAAAGUGCAGGUCGAGUUGAUAACUCAGGUCUGCGAUUCUAUUACACAUCUGAACUCCGUCAGCACGAUGCAGCUGUUCUGAUGACAGGACUUGCAAUUACCCCUGGGUAUGCUAUCCCACCCAAAGCCAAAUCCUUCCUCACAUACGGCCUGUGUGACACUGCUUAUAUUCCAGAGGUUCUGGAGACACCAACUGAUCUUCAGGUUUUCUCUGCGAUGCUACACACACACUUAGCUGGACGGAAGGUCAAAGUCGGACACUUCAGAGGAGGUAAACAGAUCGAUCUUCUAGCUGCGGAUGAAAACUAUGAUUUUGAAUAUCAGGAAGUGACAAACUUGGGUAAAACUAAGACAGUGAAGUUGGGUGAUAAAUUGCUGGUGGAGUGCACCUAUAAUACUGAAAACCGCAACCAACUCACAUGGGGGGGGCUCUCAACUUCAAAUGAGAUGUGUUUGGCCUUCCUCUUCUACUAUCCAGCUAUGAAUCUGAGCACCUGUGUGAGCUUCCCUAAUGUUACAUCUUUACCAUCUGCAAUGGGAGCAACAGAUGCAUAUUCUUGGCUCAAUAUGAUGUUCACGAAGACUUGGAAUGACACGUCUAUUGAUCAAUACCAACAAACACUGAAGAGAAUUGACCAGCUCGUCUGGGUAAUGAACUCAAAUAACAACGGAUUUUACAACAAAGGGACACUUCCUGACCUCAAAGUCAUCCCGUCUGCACCCUGCAUGAGCGGCAGUGCCAACAAAAGUCUUGCUUUAUCAUUGUUGUUCCUCUGUUUGGCAGUGCAAUGGAAGUCCUUUUGAAACAUUAAUGCAAAAUAGAACUGAUGUAACUUGCUGGUCUUUCAUUGUCUGAAUAAUGU